AUGAAUUUAUUCAGUCGCAAAAGUGUUAUACCACCUCCAUCACUCAGUCCAUCACCAUCGAUUGGUAGUGCUGCUACAGCUGGACCGGAAGCAUUUGCAAAUAAUUCAGCAUAUGGUCGAGGUUUUUUUGAACCAGGAGCUUAUUCAAUUGCAUUAAAACGAUGUGAAAAUGGUCAUGAUCUUGCUCAACAAUUGGCAGAUAUGUACGAAGAACGAGCACAACUUGAAUUAGUUUAUACAAAUCAAUUACGUGCUUGGUCGCGUAAAUGGCAUGGAGAAUUAGUAAAAUCACAAGAAUAUGGAACGAAUAAAAAAGUUUGGGAUCAAUCAGUAACAACAGGUGAACAAAUGGCUGAUGUUCAUGGAAUAUUAUCCUCGUCACUUACGGAUUCUUUAAUACCAAAACUUCGACAAUGGCGUAAAGAUAAUUAUGAAAAAUCUCUUGUACAUUAUAAAAAAACGAAAGAAUUUGAAAAAGAUUUUAUUGAUGCACAAAAAUCAUGGGCGAAAUUAUUAGAUAAAAUAUCUGAAUAUAAAUCAUCGUAUUAUUCAGCAUGUAAAACAGCUAAAUUAGCAGAUAAUGCUGAACGUACAGCUACAGAAGAACAACGAAGAAAAUUAGCUGAUAAAGCUGAAGUUGCAAGACGUGAAGUUGGAUUUGCUAAAACGAAAUAUGAACAAGCAAUAAAUGAAGCAAGAGAACAAAGAUCAAGUUAUGAAACAGCCAUGAAAAAUGUUUUCGAACGAACACAAACAUUCGAAAGAAAACGUCUAGAUUUUUUUAAAGAAACAUUUGAUGAAUAUUCUAAAGUAAUAGAAACAGCGACAAUAGACAAUCCAAUUUUAAAAAAAAUGAAUGAAGAUUAUCAAGCAAGUUUAAAUAUGCAUAGUUCGGAUCAAGAUUUAACUUGGUGGGAUCAAAAUUAUGGUACACAAACAAAUAAUCGAUGGCCAGAAUAUGAAGAAUAUCGUGAUUGA